CUACUUGGGCUCUCUGCCAGCACAAGCAGCAGCGCUCAGAUUCUUUGCCGGGGAGCGCAGAAGCAGGCAGUUCCGUGCCAUGGCUGAGCCAUCCGGAGCUGCCCACACUGUGCCCCGUGGCAAGCUGUAACGUGGGAACCCAGCCGGCCGGCCACCAAGCCCCAGGUGGGGGAGGGACACCUAGCUCCCCCCCAGGAUGCCGUUUGGCUGCAUCGGACUGCGCGAUGAAAAGAACUACAACAGUCUGUCUGACAUCACUGACAAGUAUGAGAUCGGGCAGCUGCUACGGGCGAAGGAGUUCUGCGAGAUCUGUGUGGCCCGCGAACGCCAGACAGAGAGACUGUACAUCUGCAAGAAGUUUCUCAAGAAAGAUGGGCGCAAGGUGCGAAGGGCGGCAAAGAAUGAAAUCCUCAUCCUAAAGAUGGUGAGUCACCCCAACAUCUUGCAACUGAUUGACACAUUUGAGACGAGAAAGGAAUUCUACAUCAUCCAGGAACUGGCCACUGGUGGAGAUGUUUUUGACUGGAUCCUAGACCAGGGCUACUACACAGAAAAGGAUGCCAGCAAUGUUGUCCGGCAGGUGCUGGAGGCAUUAGCUUAUUUACAUAACCUGCACAUUGUUCACCGCAAUCUCAAGCUGGAGAAUCUCAUGUACUACAACCAGAACAACCGCUCCAAGGUGGUGCUACGGGAUUUUUAUCUCUCACGCUUUGAGAACGGUGCCAUCACAGAACCGUGCGGGACCCCCGAAUAUUUGGCUCCUGAGGUGGUUGCCCGGCAACGCUAUGGACGACCUGUUGACUGCUGGGCCGUUGGAGUUAUAAUGUUUAUUCUGCUGUCUGGGAAUCCCCCAUUCUAUGAUGACACAGAUGAUGAGAACAGUGACAGUCACAACCGCCGCAUAUUCCGCAAAAUUCUGGCUGGGGACUAUGACUUUGACUCCCCUUAUUGGGAUGACAUCUCUCCUGCUGCCAAAAAGUUGGUGUCACGGCUUAUGGAAGUUGACCAGGAUCAACGAAUCACAGCCCAGGAGGCUCUGGGACACAUCUGGAUAUCUGGAAACAUUGCUUCUGAAAAGAACCUCAAAGAAGGAGUCUGCGCCCAGAUUGAAAAGAACUUUGCCAAGGCCAAAUGGAGGAAAGCCAUUCGUGUUACUACUUUCAUGCAACGUCUCCGGGCUACUGAAGUCAGCAGCCGCCUGCCUGUCACUCCACGUUCCUCCAUGAGCGUUGCUCACGAGGUCACCAUUGAGGGGCCCAGACCGUCUGGCCAUUUGGAGACUCCAUGUCCACUGGAGGAGCAACAGAGCAAGACCGAAGGAGCCCCUGAGAAGAGGGAAUAAUGGCUCCUGCUUCCCCCCAGCCCCAUAUCCUGAUGCCUUCUCUGCUGAAUCCACAUUCUCUGCCCUUGGUAGGGGAAGGCUCUGUAGGCCAGCAGAAUGGGGCAAGGAACCUGGGAGCUACUUAGCAGUCUUAUCCCGUCCCCCAACCCCUGCUAUUUGUCAGGAGCUGUUUGGUUUGAAUGGAUAGAAAUAAGGACCAAUCAGCCACAUGGAGAUAUUGUAUAUGGGAAGAAAGGACUGGAGAUUAGAAAACAGGAAAUUGUCCACUGUGCCCUGGAGAAUGCACCUGACUCCUUAGCAGGAGCGUGGGACUCUUUGCUAGGCCUUUCCCAGUAGCCAGUGCAAGCAGUGUCCCUUGCCAUCAUAUAGCAUCCCCCACAAUGCAGACAAAACACUUAUGCCUUGCUGAGCAACAGCCUCUCACAGGCCCACUGAUCAAGGUCCUAAAGCAUCUGCAUCCCUGCCUCUGUGACUUCAAAGGGGCUUAGAGAACAGAAGUGUUUUGCCCACAAUCCUCUUCCCUCACAAACAAGCUAGAGGCAAGGCUUGAGCCAAGAAAGUGAAAAGCUUCAUCUUUUACUUGUGGCUGCCCUUUGGAGCCAAACAUUCCGACACUGGAGCCAACAUGUAAUUUAAGGGAGAAAGGAAUGGGGGACAUAGUCCAAGCUAGCGAAGCAAGCGUCAGAGGAGAGUCCAUUCCGUAGAUCUGGGAUCCAUUUUCCAGCCUUGCCCUGUUCCACUAUGCCCAGUCCCAUAUUUCACUUUUAGCCAUGGCAGGAGCAGUUUGGAAAGUAAGCCAGGAAAGAUUACUGCCCUGCAGGUUUCGAUCCCAAACUCAGCUGGACUGUGGAGGGAGGGAGGGGGUAAGAGGGGUGCAUGUCCAAGCCAGCUGCAUGUUUUAUGAAGAUGCUAUUUUAAUACAGAAACCUCCCAGCUGCCUCUCCCCUGGUGCUGUCUUUCCCUCUCCCGGGGCAGCUCUGGGAAAUAAAAAUAA